GACUCAUUCCCGUAAUGGCUGCCGUCUGGCGUUGUCAGUGAGUGCGGGUGCCCGUCGUGAGAAGUUGCUACGUCGGGGAAGCUCCGUGAGAGUCGCGGCACCUCGGACCUCGCGAGAAGCGAAUAGCGCGCGUACGAACGAGGUGAAGGCGCGCGGUUUAGUGCGGGCCGCGUGCCCGGGUGGUGUCACGGUCGCCAGGCGUGAACGACCAGCUCGCGCCGGCGGCGAUUUAAAAGCAGCAGCGACUGCAGCUAGUGGUGUGCUACCCCUCUGCUCGUCUCUCUUUCUCUAUCUCAUUUUCUUCCCUGUUCGCUUCCUCCGCUCUUUCCGAGACGUCUGUCUGUUUACCGGACGCAUCGGCCGCGGAGAGUGUCGUCCAAAAAUCGCGAAAGACGCGCGUCACUUUUCUCUCUCUCUCUUUCUCGUCGCCUCUCGCGAAUGUGUGCGUCGUGGACGCGCCACUAACGACGCGACGGCUCUCGCGCGAUGAUAAACACACCGAGUGACAGCGUGCGCGAAUGAGGGCGGCUGCUCGUCCCUUCCUUCCUUCCCUCCUUUCGACUAGUCCGUCAUCAGCCUGCGAGAGAGCGUUGGGCCGCGGGCUCGAAUUCUCCCUCACGUGGUUCAAGGUCGUCUAAAAGCAUCCGGACGUGUCACGAUCCUCGCGGCGCCGACUGCGCUGCGAGACGCGCGACGCUUCCCACGGCGUCGCGGGAGAAUUCUUCGCGACCUAAGCUCGGGAUAUCAUCGGAGAAUUUUCUCGGACGACGAGGAGGACCACGCGGCGGCCGCGCGACUCCGAGCGUGACGACAACGAGAUUCGCCAGAACCCCAUGCACAAAAGACCCGAAUCAGCCGGCGACGAGGAGAAGAAAAGUAUCGUGCCAAGUCCCGCGUUCUUUCGGCGCGCCUCGAACGUGACGGUCCUGACGGAGCGCAUCGCCAUCCCCAGGAUAACGUUCGCUUGACCGACUGUGAUUUCGACGCGCGACACGUCACUGCCAAAAAAAGAAGAAAGAACGAACGAAAGGAAGAAAGAGAGAGAGAAAAGAAAAGGAAUAAGAUAUACACAGACGGCGCCGAUCGUGUCUUCGCUCUUUACGGUCUCUCCCGGUUUCCGCUUCCUUCUCCGCCUUCCUCCGAUCUGUUUCGAGAGGGGACGAGUGUCUUCCACGUUGCGCCAGAAAUACACGACUCGUUCUCCCUCGCCUCGAGAGACCUCCACGUCUUCCGCGAGCUUUCCAACCCGUCCUUUGAAGCAAGAGGACGUUCCACUUCUUCCUUCGACUUGAACAAACAACGAGGAAGGACCAAUCCUCCGUUAUCCUCCCGCCGACCGAGACGUCGCGACGCCCGGCUUCGAGAGCACGGUCAGAUCGCGAACGUGCUCCGUUGACCACGUCGCAUCCAAGCGAACGGCUUCGUUCAUCCGGGCCGACAGCCAAACGCAACCGAGGAGACUCAUCACCUUCUCACUCGUCAUUGAACUCCCACGUGGUGAGGUCUCCGCGCUCGCUCGAGCAGCCCUCCCCACUGACUCCUUGUCGCAGGACACCGCGGGACGACGCCGUGACGACGACAACGACCGUCGAGAGGUGCGUCGAGCCGGCCGCGUGUGAUGCGGCGCACGCAGGGCCGCCGUUGCCCCGCGUCAGCUUGCGCGACCUCGCCGCAAUAACGGCGAAGAUGUUCGGGAAGGUGCCGCCGUCGAACACACCGGGUCCGCCUAACGGGAUGACACCGAAGUCGUGCGCGAGACCGGCUGGCACGGCUUCAUGCCUGCCGUGUUUCUCGACGGAGGAGACACCGAGCGUGGUCGCCGACGACAAGGCGAGACCUUGGCGGCCGAAGGACAAUGUCGUCGUCGGCGAGCCGGUGGUCUCCGAGGCGCCCUGCAAUACCACCCUGCAACCGCCAGCUACCCCGGAAUCGUCGUCCGCGGCGGAGCUUCCCAGACCUUGCAGGACCGAGGCGGCGACCACCUGCGCCGCCGCCUGCUUGAAGACGAUGUCGGCCAAGUGUACGGCCAAGGAAGCGGCUCAGCAGAUCAGCAGGAGUCACAAUGUCGGCACGAAGACGGCCUCCGGGCAGAAUUGCGCGAGUUUCUCCAAGACCGUAGCGACGUCCGGCAGGUCGCGGAAGCUGCAAUCUACCUCGAUCGCCGGCACCCUCGGCACCCUUGAAUCCUCGUGCCCGAGGGAUUCCGCGAAAGCCGCGAAGAAGGUCGUCGCUCGCGAAUCCGCGAACGGCAAGGAGGUGGUGGCGAGCAGAACGACGUGCGGUGAGCAGCAGCAGCUCAAGUUCUCUCAGGGAUACGCCGCUUCGACGAUCGUUAAGCUAUCUUCCGCGAGAUCUUCCGAGAUGAUUCACCCGCCCCUGAGCGGGAAGAGGCCCGACAACGAGGAUCUUUUCGCGGACGCGUCCUCGACGAGUAGUGACGCGUCCAACCUUCCGAGCGAUUUGUGCGCGCAUCAGCAGUCCUCGCCGAGAACGUCGGCAGACUCGGCGAAGGAUUCCGGCGAAGACGACUCUUGCGCCGGCACCGACUUCGUCACCUCGACGCCGUCCAAGGAUUGGACGAGGGUAAACAACGACGCGUCGCAACAGAACUGCGCGUCCUGCCCGCCGCCGCAAGACCUGCCGACCGAACUGCGCUCGUCCUCGCCGCGCAGCUACAGGGAGAAGUGCCGCGACCCUUGGCGACCCACGGAGAUGGACGGCGGCGUGCACGGGCUGAGCGUGUGCGAGGCGUAUCAGGACUCGAGUUCGAAGAGGCGCACCGGCGCGUCCUGCCAAGCGCUCAGGCACGCCGUCGCCUCGCUCAAUCGCCUGGACGACUUUUACAUGGAGAAGAUCGGCGCCGGCUUCUUCUCGGAGGUCUACAAGGUUACACACAAAGUGACGAGUCAGGUGAUGGUGCUGAAGAUGAAUCAGCUGCCGGCGAACAGGCCGAACAUGCUCAAGGAAGUUCAGCUCAUGAACAAACUCAGCCAUCCGAACAUACUCAGGUUCAUGGGCGUGUGCGUGCACGAGGGCCAGCUGCACGCGUUAACGGAGUACAUCAACGGCGGCAGCCUGGAGCAACUGAUCAUGUCGCGGCACACGCCGUUACCACACCUCGUGCGGAUGAACCUCGCCAAGGACGUGGCCCGCGGCAUGGCCUACCUGCACAGCCGCGGCCUUUUCCACCGCGACCUCACGUCGAAGAACGUCCUAAUAAAGAAGGACGAGUGCAGCAACGAGAUGACCGCCGUGGUGGGCGACUUCGGUCUGGCCGCGAAGAUACCGGACCCGAGCUCCGGCUACCGGCUCAGCACGGUCGGUAGCCCUUACUGGAUGUCGCCGGAGUGCCUGAAGGGCCACUGGUACGACCACCGGUCCGACGUAUUCUCCUUCGGGAUCGUGGUGUGCGAGCUGAUCGGCAGGGUACCGGCCGAUCCGGACGUGCUGCCACGCUCAGAUAACUUUGGCCUCGAUUACCUGGCCGUGGCGGAGAUUUGCGCGGCCGCUGAUCCGCCGCCCGCUUUCCUACAGCUCGCCUUCAACUGCUGCACGUACGAGCCAAAAUCGAGGCCGACCUUUCCGGAGAUCACGAGCAGCCUGGAGACGAUGAUAACGGCCUGCGAGGAGGAGCUGAAAAGCAACAUCGGCAAACGGCAGUCGGCGGUCGAUCCGACGCUGAUGUCCAGCAUGGACGAGAUCGUGCGCGAAGGACGUACGAUGAAGCGGCGCACCACGAGGCAGAGGAGCCAGUCGGCGGACGCGAGGGGCUGCGACAACGCGACGCCCUCGGACAAGGCGAGGUGUCAUUCCGCCAGACGGGUGGCCGAGCUUGCCAGCAGGAGGGACCCGCAUUACAGGCCGAUGACGGCGAAUCCGUUCCACGCGCUCGGCGGCGUCAAGAAGAUCCUCGGCGACCUGUUCUCCAGCUGCCUGGAGCUGCCCUCACUCGAGGACGUGCGGCCCAGCGUGACUGACAGCGCGUGCAAGUUCAAGCCGGCGCAGAACGACAGCAUAGCCAAGAUCCUGGACAGGAAGAAGCCCAGCUCCGAGCCGAGCAGCCCAACAGCCAGGAAGAAGUGGGAGAGAAAGGUCGCGACCAAGGUGGGCGCCGCGAGUCUGUUCGCCCAUCCGCUGUUCCGGGACGGCUGGGAGCCGCGGAGGCGCGGCAGUUGCGAGUCGGGUUUUUGGAGUUGCGUCGGCGAGGACCUCAGCCCGGAGCCGCCGAAUCGUCGGCACACGUCCACCCUGAGCAGUUCGGCGGCGAGCAGUCUCUUCCUUUUGGACGACCAUCGCACCAGCUCGAUAUACACCGACUCCUCCGAGGACAUAGCCAGCCUGGGCGGCGGCGACUCGUCCUGCUGGGAGGACCGGCUCGGCUCGUCCAGCAAGACCAUCUCGAAGAUCGUCGAGUACUUCGAGAGGAAGCAAGCGACGGCGGGCAGCCUGCGGCUGGGCGACCACGGCGACGCCGGGCCCAGUCGCUUGACCCUGCUUAGGGCCAGUUUAGAGGGGCCCGUGCCAAUCUCGGCGGCGCAACGGCUGGUGGUGUGCGAGGGUGCCGUGCGCAGUAAACUCGCGUUAUUCGACAAGAAGUGAUAUUACUGAUCUUACGCGUGAGCCGCGAGCACUCGGCACCUCGUCCGACGACGCUUGAGCGGCCCGCGCGCGAUCAGCGCGUCCACGUGGAGGAACCUGCUACUGCGCGGGGCGGAACGCGACCUUGAGAGGCUCCGGCGGAGCCCCGUCGUUGGGCCUCGCGGUGAUGGCGAGUAUCCCGGAACGUUACGCGAUUACGAUAGGUGGUAACGCGCGCGUUCUUACCUGCGUGGAGAUGAGAAUUGGGAGAUUGAGAGGGGGAGGAGAGAGAGGAAUCGGUAUUUCGGCCGUGUCGGGGAUUACAGGUCACGUGCGCGACUCGUAGGAGCGCAGUUGUCGACACACGCUCGUGCGACGGCGCGCUGACGGACACUUCUCUCUAAAAUCUAGUAACCUGACUGUGAUGUUUUUUGAUAAUCUACAUACACUAUAUCGAACACUGUACGACUGACAUCUGGCGGAAACCAUCAGCACACGGGAUCUUUUGUACACAGGAAACACCGUUUCACAUGAUGCUAAACACUUGGCUACAACGAUGCGUCGCCCGAGUGAGAGGAUAGCGAGAGAGCGAGUGCGAGAGAGAGAGGGGGGGGGGGACGUUAGCGAAGCAAUAAUGGAUUUUGUCUGAAUAGAAAAUUGCGCUCGGGAUUUACAGCGCCCGCCGGCGCAGCAACGCCGGCCGCUCGCGAUCGACACGUAUUGCAGUGCCUCGCAGUUCCUAGUUAGCCAUCUCCGUCCUUAUGCGCACGAAACCGUGGAUUUGACCGAUCACCGCAAGGAUAGAGGGGUUCAGUUUCUUCAGUCAGUGACGAAUAAAGGCGAGAGCGAUUCUUUUUUUUUUUAAUUUAAGAAGUUGAACACAGGCGGAUCGCGCGCCAUGCCAAAGGUUUUUGUCUCGCCGUUCUUCACGUUUUUUCCUUUUCUUCUUUUCCCGCGCGCAAAAACGCGACAUAGUCUCGCGAUAUCGUCGACGUCCGAUGUGCCCGCGUCGCUCCCGACGUGUGUUAUCGGCAAACGACAACUUUCGAUUUUUAAUUUUGUACAAUUUCUCCCUUUUUAUUCCUACGUUUGCUUCCCUUUUAAGAGCCUCUCCGGUUCGUCGCGAAUUAGUUUUACGUGCUUGUCGCAUCCCCCGGCCUCGUCCCUCGUGCGUCCUCGCGAUCCGUCUAUGCAGUGAUCCACCUUCCGAGGAUCGGGAAUCCCUGAAGUUUCACAUCUACGGAGGCCUACGCCGCGUUCGCGGGACUCUUAUAUUAAUUAAUUCGUCUUUCGGCUCAGCUCAGAGCGACGUCGGUGCGCGGCGCGUGCAAGUUCAUCGAUUGCUGCUUACGUGGCUUUCGCGGCGUCAUUCGCAGUUUCGCGUGUCACCGGUGUUGUAACCAAUGCUCGGGACGCGCGGGUACCAAGUGCCGGAGAAAGAGAAAUAACGAUAGUACAUAAAUAUAUAUAUACACAUAUAUUUUUUUGUUGGCAGAGAUACACCGUGUCCCGAAUAUUCUUGUUGAUGCCGAGAGAGAUAUGUUAUCCACUUCGGAAGGAGAGAGAGAGAGAGAGAGAGAGAGAACACAUAUGAAACUGAUCUAGUCAGUGCAUUGUAAUGCGGCGGCCUUACCUUUUGUACGUUUACCGUAGCGCUAAAACCUUAUAGUGUCUAGAUGAAUAGAUGCGAGCGUGAAUUCGCCGGGAUGAAGCACCGGCCACCUUCCGGUAGCACAGCGGUUUCUUCCUUUUCCUUUCUUCUGUUUUCUUUCUUCGCGAACGGUCGGUAUAUUUAUACGAAGGAGGAUUAUACGUGAGAAUGUGGCGAGAGCGUGCGAGACGGUGCGCAAGGUGCGUGGGGUUUGCGUGCGUGCGUGUGUUUGUAUGCGUGGAUAAAUGAGUGUGUCUGUUUUUUGCGCGCGCGUUGCGAGAAAAAAGUGUAUACGUCCAAGGCGAUACAUAUAUACGUACAUACAUACAUAAACACACACACACACACGUAUGUAUGUAUGUAUGUAUGUAUACAUAUACACACAUGUAGGUAACUGCGACUUUCGCAUAUAUAACGUCAUAAUCGUUUCGUCGCACGGACGACGAGUCGAACCAAAUCUACGAUUAUAGAAUGAUAGACUAUAAAUGAUGAAUACCUUUUUACUUGUCGAAGUUCGCUCACGGGUUUACUCCAUAAGACUGUGCGUUCUCGUUAAAUAGUAAACGUCGUAUGUAAGUAGGCAACCUCGAAAUCGCGUCAACGACAUUCGCAGUCUCUUCUUCCUUGUACAAUAGGAUGCGCGCCGGAUUCUUUCUUUUCCUCUCUCUCUCUCCCCCCCCCCCUCUCUUU